UGCUAGUAAUGCGAUAAAUAUGUGGGAAUUGUUAAAGAAACGUUGCACAUUCAAUCCUUCUCUCUCUUAAUUCCCUUUUCUUUUCCAUUUCAUUCCCCUGAGGAGUUUCAAUUCAGAUUUGAAACUCAACAGGGAAUGUUUCGUUUCUAAUUAUUUCUUCUUCCAGCGCAGUUGCAGAAGAAUAAUUAGUAUUCAUUUGAAGAAAAUGGUGAUGAGGUGUUUGCUUCUGAUGAUUUUCUUGUUGAUGCAUACAGGAACGAUUAUAGCACAAGGAUUGAAACCUCCAGCAGUAAAAAAGAAAUGGCUAACUCUAGAUGGUAAGCCGCCCCGAGUAAUUGCCCGCGGAGGGCUUUCGGGAGUUUUCCCAGAAUCGAGUAAUUUUGCAACCGACGCUGCAAAGGAAUUACCAGAUGUGAUAAUACUCUGCACUGUACAAAUGACAAAAGAUAGAAAAGGAAUAUGUCAACCAGAUGUUACGCUGGAGAAUUCAACAAAUAUAGAUAUGGUAUACCCUAAUGGAAGCAAAACCUACAAGGUUAACGGCAAGGAUGUUGAGGGGUGGUUUAGCAUUGACUAUACGUCACUAGAGCUCUCCAAUGUAACAUUGAUGCAAAAUAUAUUCAGAAGGCCAAGUUCAUUCGACGAGAUGGUACCCUUGUCUACUCUUGAAGAUCUUCUUAGUUCUAAAAUUCCAUCCGUUUGGUUGAAUGUUCGGUAUGAUAUGUUCUUUACUGAACACAAGCUCAAUGUUGCACCAUUGCUUCAAAAGCUUCCAAAUAUCAGUUACAUUUCAUCUCCAGAAAUAGGUUUCUUAAAGAAAAUGAAUGGAAAAGGUAAAAAGGCGAAGACCAAACUCAUCUUUGUUUUCCUCGGUAAAGAAGCAGUUGAACCCACAACCAAUCAAACAUAUGGUUCAAUACUGGAAAAUCUUGCCACAAUCAAGGAAUUUGCGUCUGGGAUUGUUGUUCCAAAAAAUUAUAUUUGGCCUGUACGGAAAGACAACUAUUUGGAGGCUAACCCAACUAGUCUUGUACUUGAUGCUCACAAACAAGGUUUAGAAGUAUAUGCUAAUGGAUUUGCAAAUGACUAUGCAAAGAUUUAUAAUUAUUCAUAUGAUCCAGGACUUGAGUACUUGAGCUUUAUCAAUAAUUCCGAGUUCUCAGUUGACGGCGUGAUAUCAGAUUUCCCCAACACAGCAUCAUCAGCUGAUGCUUUGGCCAGUAUGGUGGAUUUAGCUUGCCCAGAGAAGGUAAAGAAUAGUACUGUAACGAUAAUAACUCACAAUGGAGCAAGUGGAGUUUACGCCGGCUGCACAGAUCGUGCUUAUGAGCAAGCAUUGAAAGAUGGGGCGGACAUAAUAGAUUGCACGGUUCAAUUGUCCAGCGAUGGCACGGCUUUCUGUAUGGAUUCUGCAGAUGUUUCAGUUGAAACCAAUGCAAUGUCUAACUUCAUGUCCCGUUCUUCUACCGUCCCUGAAAUUAAAGAGUCUGCUGGAAUCUUUACAUUUGAUCUCACAUGGGCUGAAAUUCAGACAUUGCAACCUCGAUUGUCAAGCCCUUAUGGUAACGAUAAUUUAUUGCCAAGAAAUCCGGCCUAUAAGACCGCGGGUAAAUUUUUGAAACUCGCUGAAUUUUUAGAAUUUGCAAAAGCCAAGGCACCAACUGGAAUCUUAAUCAACAUAGAGAAUGCUCCAUACCUGGCUUCAAAGAAAGGUCUUGACAUAGUAUCCGCUGUUAGUUCUGCAUUGGAAAAAGCUAGUUUUGACAAACAGUCCACACAAAAGGUCCUAAUCCAAUCAGAUGAUACUUCAGUAUUGUCCAAAUUUAAGAAAAUUAAAGCAUACCAAAGAGUGUUGCACCUCAAAGAGGAAAUAAGCGAUGCACCCAAGAAGAGCGUAGCAGAAAUCAAAAAGUUCGCUGAUGUAGUCAAUUUGCCAAGAUUCUCCAUCAUUCCAACUGACGGCCAAUUUGCUAUGUACAUAACAAAAGUCAUAGAUGAAAUGCAUGCUGCCAAUCUCACCGUAUACGUCUCAGUCCUCAGGAACGAGUUUUUAAAUCUCGCUUUUGAUUAUUUUUCAGAUCCUAUUAUCGAGAUUGCUACUUAUAAUUAUCUCAGUGUCGAUGGGAUUAUCACCGAGUUUCCAGCAACAGCAUACAGAUAUUUCACGAAUUUAUGUUCAAAUCCCGAGUAUGAUUAUCCAUACAUCAUCGCGCCUAUUCAACCACCAAUGUUACGUCUACUCCUGAUCAGUGAUGCUAAGGUGCUACCACCAGCACCAUCCCCUAGGCCAGUCCUUGCUGCUGACGAUGUUGUUGACCCUCCACUACCAGCAGUAACCAAAGUCACCAACUCUAGUAGUAGCACUCCUGCUCCGAAAGCCGAUAAACCUGAAGAUACUUCAAGUGCUGCCUUGCCAAAUAUUGCUGAUAUGGGUUUCUCAUUACUGGCAGUAUUGUGUUCCUACUUCCUAGGGGAUAUUAUUCACCAGUGACUAACAGGCAUUAUCUUCUUCUUGUUGUAAUUGCUACUAUAUAUAAGAGAUUGAUCUUCAGCUUUCAAUCAAUGAGAUGGUCCGAAAAGAACAUUCCCUGCUCCUG